GGCUUAAAAAUGAGUGAAACGAGAAGCGGACCAUUCAGAACUAUUCUACAGAUUGUGUGUCAACUUUUAUGGCUGUCUGGGCUUGUGGUUAGCCUGAGCGGUAUAUACCUGGUGCGCAUCUACACAAGCAGUGGUGUCUUCUUCAGCAACUUCUACAUCAUUCUUCCUGCAGUGCUGGCCAUAGCUGGCUCUGCCUUCUUGUUAUGUGGUGGAGGCUUGGGAUGCUGGGUGUCAGUCAAAGACUCUACAUGCUUACAAGCAGUGUUUGUGUAUUUGCUUGUUAUUGUGUUUUGCCUCAUUGGCACAGCUGCUGCACUGGCCUACAAUAGCACUGACAAGGUUGAUUCAGACCUGGCACCUUUCAGGGAAGUGUUUGAGAAUUACACUGGCAACAGAGAGAACCCUGAUUCGAAUGCCGUUGAUGCAAUUCAAGAGGAGCUGCAGUGCUGUGGUAUAAAUGAUUACAGAGAUUGGUUGAAUACCACAUGGUUUAAUAAAACUGGAAAUCACGAAGUUCCUCAUAGUUGCUGCAACACAAGUGUCCACAACUGUAAUGGUACAGUGAACCUCCCUUCCCUCCUGUAUUCCAAGGGCUGUCGGGUGAAACUGAGGGAGGCAGUGAUAUUUGUUCUACGUCUCAUGAUCAUAUCCUCAUUUGCGGUCCUUCUUUUUCUGGUCUGUGCUUUGUUCAGUGUGGCUCAGUUAAUGAGAGAUCAGCACCUCGUGGAGUAUCAAAUCCUGAGCUGAGAUCAAAGGCCUCUUUUAAGAGUCACAACAUUGUUUUCCUUAAAGAUGCUGCGAUCUGUAACCAUUUAAUAAGUUGAAUCAUAACUCAGCUUGGUAAGAGUUUUACAGUACGUUGACUCUCCUGCAAAACACUAGUCUUAAUUGUUUCUCACUGAUGUUAUGGAUGUGGACGUGAGGAAAACUGAGUCCAAAGAACAUCUUAGAGAACUUUUAGGCAUUACUUUUCUGUUACCAUGACAGUAACACUUCUGAGGCAGGAGUAUGGUCCUACUUGCAUGGAUUUCUGGAAAUGAUAGCAAUAAUAUUUGCACUGUAAUACUGAUUUUAUAUGCACCUCAGUUGAGAAAAACAAAAACAAUGUGUCCUAGUUUGUCCUCCAAUGAACUUUGGUGUU